AUGGGGGCACCGACUGACCAGGCUGCGGGAGAUAUCGACCCGCUGCCCUUCCGAAGAGGGGCCACCCAAAGCGGGCAGGCAGGGCUCUUACCGGCCGCGUCCUCGGCUCGGAGAGACGACGGGAGGACGGGGUCCCUCGGCCGAGCAUCCCCCCCUCGGCUUCCCCCGGGGGGCGCCGUCGCCGCGCUCCCGCCCGGGGCCUCCCAAGAGGGAGGGAGGGGAGGAACGGAGGGCUCUGAAUGCCGGAGGGCGGCGAGCAUCCCCGGAGCAGAAGCCAUGGGCGCCGCGUGGCUGCGCUGCGUGCUGCUGGGCUGCUGCCUGGCGGGGCGCUGGGGCGCCGGGGCGCAGAGACCGGCGGGCGGCGAGUACUGCCACGGCUGGCGGGACGCGCAGGGCCGGUCCUACGGCGGCUUCCUGUGCCCUGAGCGCUUCGACACGCCCGACGCCACCAUCUGCUGCGGCUCGUGCGCCCUGCGCUACUGCUGCGCCGCCGCCGAGGCGCGCUUGGAGCAGGGCGGCUGCGCUGACGACCGGGAGCCGCCGCUGCCAGCGGGGAGCGCCCAACCUAUCUACGUACCAUUUCUCAUCGUUGGAUUGAUCUUUAUUGCUUUCAUUUUUGUGGGCUCCUUCAUUGCCGUUUAUUGUUGUACCUGCCUGAGGCCUAAACCAACCUUGCAGCCACCGAUAAGAUUCUCUCUACGAAGCUACCAGAUGGAGACUUUACCCAUGAUCCUGAGCUCAUCGAAUUUACGGGUUCCCUCAAGACAAUCCAGUCCAGCAAGCAACUCCAGUUGUCCGGCUGACUCCCUCUAUCAUUUUUCCCUUGUCAAGCCUGAACCUGGAAGCCUGGAGCUGUCUUCACCACCACCAUACACAGCAGGUUGCUUACAAAUGGGCCAGUCUCUCAACCUCUCUCAGUCAUCGGGAUUUUUGGUGUCAGCCACACCGUAACAACCUAUCCUGACUGACCUGGAGUUGUCUCUAAGUGGGAAAUGGGUUCCAGAUUUAAGCCAGAGUCAAAGAGGUUCUGUUGUUUGAGGAUGAUGAUGUAUUUACAAAGAAGCACAACUAACCACCUGCAUUAUGUGGGUUUCACUGAUGUUUUCUCUGCUUUUGAGAUUGAAAACUAUGUGAAUGGUGAGUUGCUCUUUUCAAAGUCCACAUUUUUGGGCUGGUGGGGACCAUUUUAGUUUAAAAUAUCUCUGUUUCAUUCACAGCUGAAUACUGAUUCAGACCGGCAUCAAUAUUGCUUUCAAAAUGGCUCAUUUGACUACUGUGAUUUUAUGUUGGGUGUCCAAAGGCUUCAGCUAUGCUUCUGAUGGGAGUAUUGCUCCUGUAUGUGCAACUAAGAAAGAUAGAUAAAUCAAUAAUGAAGGCUGCAUUCCUAUACUGGCUCACCUGGAAAUUAGCCCCAUUGAACACAUUGGAACUUACUUCUGAGUAGACAUGACUAAGAUUGCAAUUUGAACAACCAUA